UCAUACGAGACAAUCUCUACCUCCGCACAGUACCAUGACAGUACAGAUGCACCUUUCAAAAAAGUGAGAGCCAUCCAAGGCACCACAAGGCCACAUAAGGAGGGAGAGGUCCCUGGUGUGGACUAUAUUUUCAUCACUGUUGAAGAUUUUAUGGAGUUGGAGAAAAGCGGUGCUCUUCUAGAAAGUGGAACAUAUGAAGACAACUAUUACGGCACUCCAAAACCUCCUGCUGACCCAGCUCCGCUACUGUUAAAUGUAACAGACCAGAUCCUUCCAGGUGCCACACCUAGUGCUGAAGGCAAACGGAAGCGAAAUAAGUCAGUGAGCAAUAUGGAAAAGACAGGUAUUGAACCACCCGAGGAGGAAGAAGAAGAGAGGCCGGUAGUUAAUGGAAAUGGCAUGGCUGUAACACCAGAAUCAAGCGAACAUGAGGAGAAGAGUAUGGGUGUCUCAGGUGAAAUUUCCUCUCAGCCUUGCCCUGCACCAGGAUACAGUCAGCCUGAAGAAGCAAAGGAGGAUAUGGAUGUAACAAAGCAGACAAAACCUGAAGAGAAUGAUGAUUUGGGCCCGUUGCCUGAUAAUUGGGAAAUGGCUUACACAGAAAAAGGGGAAGUCUACUUCAUUGACCAUAACACAAAGACAACAUCAUGGCUGGAUCCACGACUUGCGAAAAAGGCUAAACCUCCAGAAGAGUGCAAAGAAAAUGAAAAACCACUCUUCACCCGUGAUGCAUCACAACUGAAAGGGACUUUCCUCAGCACAACUCUCAAGAAGAGCAACAUGGGCUUUGGAUUUACCAUCAUUGGUGGGGAUGAGCCAGAUGAGUUUCUACAAGUGAAGAGUGUAAUUCCUGAUGGGCCUGCAGCACAGGAUGGUAAAAUGGAGACAGGUGAUGUCAUUGUCUAUAUUAAUGAAGUUUGUGUCCUUGGACAUACUCACGCAGAUGUAGUCAAACUCUUCCAAUCUGUUCCUAUUGGUCAGAGUGUCAACUUGGUGCUAUGCCGUGGAUACCCUUUGCCCUUUGAUCCUGAAGAUCCUGCCAACAGCAUGGUGCCACCACUUGCAGUAAUGGAGAGGCCUCCAGUAGUGGUAAAUGGAAGACAUAACUAUGAAACUUAUUUGGAAUACAUAUCUAGGACCUCUCAAUCUGUUCCAGAUAUAACAGAUCGACCACCACAUUCCUUGCACUCCAUUCCAGCAGAUAGUCAGCUUGAUAGCACAUUCCCACCACCUGUUCAUGAUGAUAAUGUAUCAAUGGCUUCUUCUGGGGCCACACAAGCUGAACUCAUGACCUUAACCAUUGUGAAAGGGGCCCAGGGCUUUGGCUUCACUAUAGCAGACAGUCCUACAGGACAGAGGGUGAAGCAAAUUCUAGACAUUCAGGGAUGCCCUGGUUUGUGUGAAGGUGACCUCAUUGUUGAGAUCAACCAGCAGAAUGUACAGAACCUGAGCCAUGCAGAAGUAGUGGAUAUACUUAAAGAAUGUCCUGUUGGAAGUGAAACUUCUUUGAUUAUACAUAGAGGAGGUUUCUUUUCUCCAUGGAAAACUCCAAAGCCUAUGAUGGAGCGAUGGGAGAACCAAGGCAGUCCUCAGACGAGUUUAUCUGCUCCAGCGAUACCACAGAAUAUUCCCUUUCCACCCACCCUUCACAGGAGUUCAUUUCCUGAUUCAACAGAGGCCUUUGAUCCAAGGAAACCUGACCCAUAUGAGCUAUAUGAGAAAUCAAGAGCUAUUUAUGAAAGUAGGCAGCAAGUGCCGCCCAGGACUGGUUUUCGAAUGGAUUCCUCUGGUCCAGAUUACAAAGAGCUGGAUGUUCACCUUCGGAGGAUGGAGUCUGGGUUUGGCUUCAGAAUCCUGGGAGGAGAUGAACCUGGACAGCCUAUUCUGAUUGGAGCUGUAAUUUCAAUGGGCUCUGCAGACAGAGAUGGUCGUCUACAUCCUGGUGAUGAGUUAGUGUAUGUAGAUGGGAUUCCAGUAGCUGGCAAAACCCACCGAUAUGUGAUUGAUCUCAUGCAUAAUGCAGCCCGAAAUGGGCAAGUGAAUCUUACUGUGAGAAGAAAGGUGCUAUCAACAGGAGAACCGUGCCCAGAGAAUGGCAGAAGCCCAGGCUCAGUGUCUACUCACCACAGUUCUCCAAGAAGUGACUAUGCUGCUUACACUAACAGUAAUCAUGCUGUAUCUAGUAGUAAUGCUACACCCCCAGAGGGCUUUAGUUCACACAGCUUACAAACCAGUGAUGUUGUCAUCCACCGCAAAGAGAAUGAAGGGUUUGGCUUUGUUAUCAUCAGCUCUUUGAACAGGCCUGAAUCUGGAUCUACGAUAACUGUACCCCAUAAAAUAGGGCGGAUAAUUGAUGGAAGUCCUGCUGACCGCUGUGCAAAACUAAAAGUCGGAGACCGGAUCUUAGCUGUGAAUGGCCAAUCUAUUAUUAAUAUGCCUCAUGCAGAUAUUGUGAAGCUAAUUAAAGAUGCAGGUCUUAGUGUAACACUUCGCAUCAUCCCUCAGGAGGCUUCCCAUUAUGCAGAGCUGAACAGUCCAGCUUCAGCACCAAGCUCAGAGAAACAGAGCCCCAUGGCACAGCAGCACAGCCCGAUGGCUCAGCAGAGUCCACUAGCACAGCAGAGCCCAGUAGCACAGCACAGCCCUGUAGCACAGCCACCACCUCCACAACCACUUCAGUUACAAGGACAUGAAAACAGUUAUAGGUCAGAAGUAAAAGCAAGACAAGAUGUGAAACCUGACAUCCGACAACCUCCGUUUACAGACUACCGGCAGCCCUCAACAGACUACAGACAACCUCCAUUAGACUACAGGCAUCCGCCAGUAGUGGAUUACCAGCAGCCACCACCUCUGGACUACCGGCAGCCACCUUUGAUAGAUUAUAGGCAGCAUUCUCCUGACACCAGGCAAUACCCUCUCUCAGAUUACAGGCAGCCCCAGGAUUUUGAUUAUUUCACUGUUGACUUGGAGAAGGGAGCCAAAGGAUUUGGAUUUAGCAUUCGAGGAGGAAGAGAGUACAAAAUGGAUUUGUAUGUGUUGAGGUUAGCAGAAGAUGGGCCAGCAAUAAGAAAUGGAAGGAUGAGGGUUGGGGAUCAAAUAAUUGAAAUCAAUGGAGAAAGCACAAGGGACAUGACACAUGCCAGAGCAAUAGAGCUUAUCAAAUCUGGUGGCAGGAGAGUGCGGCUGCUGCUGAAGCGUGGAACAGGCCAGGUCCCAGAAUAUGACGAACCAAACUCCUGGAGUUCUCCCUCUGCCACCUCCCCAGGUCUGCCGGAAGUAGCUAUUUCCCUUGAUGACAUAAUCUCACCAUUAUCUUCAUCACAUCUAGCCCCACCUUCUGACCCUUCCCAUCAGAUAAACCCAGAGCCAACAUGGGAUAUCAAGAGGGAACAUGAUGUAAGAAAACCAAAGGAGCUUUUGGCAAAUGGUCACAAAAAGAAAAGGGUAGGAGAGCAAAGAGAAAGGUCGGCAAGUCCUAAAAAGAUAGACAGGUCAAAGCAUGAAGAGGCUUCUAGGAAGGGAUAUUUAGAAGGCAAAAACAAGACCUCUGAUGGUGGCAGGUCCACCUCAGAAAGUAAGGCUAUGGGACAGAGCGCUGUGGUCGAAGCUGGAGCAAGAGAGCAUGUGUGUGCUGGGACCAAUGACGAACAGGUCGGGAGAUUGAAGAAGUCAGAAAGCAAGAGAGGAGGAUCUCUAAGUGCAAAAGAAGAUCACAAAUCCUCCAGUACCACUGAGAAGAAACCAGCUGCAGCUUCUGAACAUGUCAGGCUUGACUCAGGUGGUGCUACAAAAACAUACAGUAGCAAUAGCUGUAGCUCAUAUGGAAGCGAUAUGGACCACAACCAGAGGGACCCUGAUGGGAAACCCAGUGAGUUCCCGAGGAAGGGAUAUCUUCAUUCCAUUAACACUCGCAGCACCAACACUACAGUUCGGAAGGCAACUGUCUCACCAGGACCAUGGAAAAUUCCCGGAUCUGAUAAGCUACCUAGCGUACUAAAGUCUGGCACUUCUGCCAUGAGCAGAUAAAUAAGUGACUGUUGCCCUCUAACUGUUUCACAUUGACGCAGAACAUUCUUCUUAGCUUCUGUCUCACAUUGAUUUAUUUUAAUUUAUUUUAACUAUCACGCAUACACACAAAGCAUUGAGGAAUGAAAACAUUAAUGUGUAAUUCCAUGACAAUGUGCACAGUGUCUAAUAAGCUCAAACAGCAUAUAGUCAACAUGGAGAUUUAAAACUGACCCUAAAGUCCCCAGUUCCAUUUUAGGGACUUUGGCAGCUAUGGAAGAAACCAAAACAUUAUGAAGGACAGUACAUCAGAGAAGAAUGGUGCAGUGUAGCUUUAGUAUUUUUUCCACUGCAUGAAGGACUUGGAUUUCAUUCAAACUUUAUAUCAAGAAACUGGAACAAGUUAGAGCAAUCACAAACUGGAACAUCGCCUUAAAUAAAAACUGCACGGAGCAAGCUGAAACUGAGAAAGGAUCUUUUAACUGAGCUAAAAUGUUGUAAAUAAAUUGUUCUCAACAUAUCCAGACAGGGGUUAAAGGGUUUCUUUGAAGCAUUUGGAACUGUACACUCAUGAUAUGUCUCCACUGUUAACACUUUGGGAUAAUCCACAUGAUACCCAGUAGCAUAGUUCACUGGGUGCUACAGGAGGAGUUGGGGAAUCUAGUGGAUUGGUUGCUGUGAUACCAUUUCUACUGCCAUUUUUGUGAACAAAUCAUAUUUCUGUACAUUGGAAAGGAGUUAGGGUGGAGUUGUAUUUGAAAAUUGUCCUCGGAAACCGUUUAUCACAGGUUCCCCUAAUAUUGCAUGUAGCACACAAUCUUAAUUGGGCAAGCUCAAAAUUGAGACACUAACAAGACCCUUAUAAUGAAAAGAUGAUUCUUAAAGAAAAAAAAAGCUGCAGCUUCCUUGAAGAAAGGCCUUUCUCUCUUGCAGAAUAUGGUAACUUUGCUUAUCUAGAGUGCUAUAUUGCAGUUAUUUUUAAAGACUUUAAAUUCUUCUCCUUCACUUUGACAGAACAGAUGCUACUGAGGCAAACAUUCACCCAAACAAAACUUGUUUCUGAGACAGAUGUUCAAGUGUCCUCGUUUGUAUUAUGGAAAUGCCUCUGCUAGCAUUUCUUCCCUUUUUGCCCCUCAUUUUUAUUUUUAUCCUACUUGCUUCCCUGUCUUGAAUUUCAAGCCUUAAGUACUAAUGCUUAACUUUCCAGUCUGCCUUCAUAAGACUCCAUGUGCCGUCAGCACCGUCUUGUCCCUGGUAAGUUACUGUAGGGUUUGUUCGUUGUGUGCCAAAAAAAACCAUGGGCAAUAAUACACUGGUUGUUAAAAAUAAAAAAUCAGGAAGAUAAAUAUUCUCAGAAAAGUAUAUAUUUUAAAGUUAGGUAUCAACUGUUCUGCAUGUGCUCUCUCCAAGAGUCACAUUGAGAUUAGCAUUGUUCCAAUAGGUUAGUACCUUACUAUCACUCUAAAAUAUUGCUCUAGACUGCAAUACUCAGAUUCAUUCUCUUCUUACAAGUAUGUGGGCAUGUUUU